AUGACAGAGAAUAAUAGUAAAUUAUUAUCAAAAUUAAUAGUUCAUAAAAUCAUUGGUUUUGCUCUUGAUACAAUACCAUGCAGAGAUCUAUUUGAAGAGCUGUGCCUUCAAGAGAUCGACAAAAGAUAUUUAAAUUUUAAUAGAGGAGUAAUAGAGUAUGCUUUGGUUUGUAAGGUGUGGUUCAAUAUCGUAUCGAAACAAAUAUGUACAGAUUACUUGUUUAGAUCACAAGUAAAGUAUCCUUUUGAUUUUGGUAAGCGAUUGACAACACUCUCCAAUCCACAAUCGGUUUAUCGCGUGGAGAAUAUCCGAGAGUUGUACUUUGUUGACUAUAGCAAAAAUAAUGGUGUUUUGGCAAGUGACUGCGGUGCGAUUGGUCAUUCGCACGCACAACAUGAAAUUGGUGUUGGACAUCAUCAAACUCAUGCCUACCAUAAAGAUUCAAGUGUUGAGCUGACAACCAAUGAUUUGGUAUACUAUUCAACCUAUUUAAAUAACCAACAAUUCGAUUUCACUCCCAUCCGACGUUGGCGAGUCAACAAGAUUUUCUUUGAAUACGAUGCUGGUUUUUAUGACACUGGUGCUGUUCAUUACCAAUCGUAUGUCAAACUGUUUGCAAUCGAAUCACUCAAAUCCAUUGAAAUCUCGAAAGCAGACUACAUCGAUAUUAAAGAGUUAAAGUUGGUCGUAAACAAUCAUGUUGAAUCGUUCAAAGGUAGAUCGAUACUCGGUUUACUUAGUCAUGCUGCAGAUGAACCGAUUGGCGAUUGCUCUUGUACAUAUGGUGUGAUAGAUGGCUUUUCAGUGUUGAUAGCAAAGAACAAUCAAACAAGCGAAUGGAUAGAGUUUUGUCAACGACUUUCGAACAACACGACACUGAAGAGUCUAUCACUAAAUAACUAUUGCCAAGAUGAAUAUACUUUAGCAACUCACAAGAUAAGAGAUCGAUCAACACUUCAAUUGGUAUCACAUCAUUUCGCACAAUCAUUGAUGACCAACAUCACACUUUCAACUCUUAAAAUAUCGUGUGUUGUCUUGGAUCAAUCAUUUUACGAUCUAUUCAACAAUACAACAAUCACUAAACUUAAACUCUAUAAUCUUGAUGACGAUCAUCUUUUGGCGACUUCCAAAAUAUUGAAAUCCAACAAGACUAUGAGAAAACUAAAUAAAAUCAUUGAUUUUUCUUUUGGUUUACCAGAUUACAGAUAUCAAUUUGAAGCAGAGUACCGGAAAUCUAAAAGAAAAGGGAAUUCAAAUUUUAAUAGAGACGUUAUAAAGUAUGCUUUGAUUUGUAAGGAGUGGUUAAAUAUCGUAUCAAAAUACAUAUGUACAGAGUAUUUGUUCAAUGUACAACCAAAAUAUCGUAGACAUCCUGUUGAUUUUUUAAAACUAUCGACAGCGAUAUUUUCCAAGCCACAAUCGAUUUAUCGAGUAGAGAAUAUCAGACAGUUGUACUUUGUCGACUACUAUAAAAAUAUUGGUGUUUUGGCAAGUGAUUGCGGUGGCAAAGAGUUCAUCUCAAUCUAUGCCAAUGAUUUGGUAUACUAUUCAGCCUAUUUUAAUGUCAAUCAAUUCGAUCUCUCUCCAAUCAUACGGUGGCGAGUCAACAAGAUUUACUUUGAAUAUGAUUCGGGUGGUCAUGACACUGGUGCUGUUCAUCACCAAUCGUAUCUCAAACUGUUUGCAAUCGAAUCACUCAAAUCCAUUGAAAUCUCAAUCGAAGAUUACAUCGAUAUUAAAGAGUUAAAGUUGGUUGUAAACAAUCAUAUUGAAUCGUUCAAAGGUAGAUCGAUACUCGGUUUACUUGGUCAUGCUGCAGAUGAACCGAUUGGCGAUUGUUCUUGUGCAUAUAGUACUAGAAACUUGGCAACGAGGAUAGCAAACAACAAUCAAACAAGUGAUUGGAUUGCGUUUUGUCAACAACUAUCCAACAACAUGACACUGAAAACUAUAUCAUUAAAUAACUAUUGUAGAGAUGAAGAAACCUUAUCGAUUCACAAGAUAAGAGAUCAAUCGACACUUCAAUUGGUAUCACAUCAUUUCGCACAAUCAUUGAUGAGCAACAGCACACUUUCCACCCUUAAAAUAUCUUGUGUUGUCUUGGAUCAAUCAUUUUAUGAUGUAUUCAUAAAUAACAACAACACAACGAUCACUAAACUUAAACUCUAUAAUCUUGAAGACGAUCAUCUUUUGGCGACUUCCAAAAUAUUGAAAUCCAACAAAACUAUCAGAAAACUAAAUGUCAGAUCAUAUUUUAGAUAUUUUGAUUACGAUGCAAAGAAAGAGAGAAUGAAAGAAUAUAUCAUCUCGAUCGAUAACAUUCCAACCAACUGUACAAUCAUGCUAUUCAAAGGAGACACCCUCAAUGAUUCCAGACAUAAAUCGACACUCAAAUACUUUGAAGAAAUAAUUAGAGUAUCAACAUUGCACACUGAAAUGAUCGAAAGAGUAUAA